GCUGUGCGCAGGGACGGGAGCGGCCGCGCCGUGAGGCAGGAGGCGCCCAGCGGAGCCCGCCCGCGCCGCACUCCCGCCCUGCCCCUACGCGCCCCGCCAACGCCGCUGCCGCUCGCCCACCGCCCGCUCUCGGCUGGGGAGGUCUGGAGAGGACGGCGCGGCGGUGAGUGAGUGAGACUCCGGGCAGGGGACAGCGGGCGCCUCUGCCGCCUCCCGGGGUGCCCGGCCGCGGGGCGGGGGGAGCCGGCGGGGCCGGCCCGGGGCUGCGGCCGCCCUUUCCGCGCCGUACGCCCGCGCCUCUGCGGCCCUUUGUGGAGGUUGGGGCCCGGGCCUGCUCGGCCGCUCCCCGCACCGCUCUUUGCUCGACCCAACCCGGCCCAGGCGGGUACCAUGCGCCGGGAAAGUGACUGCGUGGAGGAGAAGGCUCCCGCCAAGGGGGAACAUGCCGAAUGCGGUAUGCGAGCCCGCAAGAGGAAAGCCGAUGUGGCCACGUUCUUACAGGAUCCUGAUGAAGAAGUUGCCAAAAUUGAGAUGACUAGAAAAAAGCAAUAUGAAAAUCAGCCACCCUGGAAUAGUGUUCACAAAAAUGCCCAUAUGCUGAUUCCUACUCCAGAUAAAGAUGAUGAUCCAGUUGGUGUUGACUACUCUCACUUUAUGCAUCUAAGUGUUGUUCCAACUAGAGCUUCACCAUUACCAGUUCUAGGCUGGGCAAACAGAGAGGACGUAUGGAAAAACAUGAUAAACAAAGAGGAGACAUAUGUAAGAGAUAAACUUUACAUGCAAAAGCAUCCUCUCCUGCAACCUAAAAUGAGAACAAUCCUUCUAGACUGGCUAAUGGAGGUUUGUGAAGUCUACAAGCUUCAUAGAGAAACUUUUUAUUUAGCACAAGAUUUCUUUGAUCGAUUUAUGGCAACACAACAGAAUGUUGUAAAAACACUAUUGCAACUUAUUGGUAUCUCUUCUUUAUUCAUAGCAGCAAAGCUUGAGGAAAUUUAUCCCCCAAAGUUGCACCAGUUUGCUUAUGUUACAGAUGGAGCUUGUACAGAAGAUGAAAUUCUCAGCAUGGAACUGAUCAUUAUGAAGGCUCUUAACUGGAACUUAAAUCCACUGACAGUUGUAUCAUGGCUAAAUAUUUACAUGCAAGUUGCAUAUUUAAAUGAGCUUUACGAGGUAUUGCUGCCACAAUAUCCACAGCAAAUAUUUGUACAAAUAGCAGAGCUCUUGGAUCUAUGUGUGCUAGAUAUUGGAUGCUUGGAGUACACAUACGGAGUACUUGCAGCUUCUGCUUUGUAUCACUUCUCCUCGUCUGAGCUGAUGCAGAAAGUUUCAGGCUACGAAUGGUGUGAGAUAGAGGAAUGUGUCAAGUGGAUGGUUCCAUUUGCGAUGGCUUUAAGGGAAGUAGGAAGCUCUAAACUCAAACACUUUAGAGGUAUUGCUCCUGAAGACUUGCACAACAUACAGACACACAUAACCAGCUUGGAUUUGCUGGACAAAGCUCAAGCAAAACAAGCCAUAUUGGCUGAGCAAAACAGGACUUCACCUUUUCCCACUGGUGUCCUUACACCCCCACAAAGUAGUAAGAAACAGUCUUCUGGACUGAAGCCAAUAUGACUUUAGAAACUGUUGACAGACAGUUUUGCUGAAGUGCCUGUUCUGCUGGUUCUGACUCCUGCUCCAUUACAGAAAUGCUGCCAGUGAAGUUCAUAAGCUUUUAUGGUAUUUGAAAAGGAAACUUUACUUUUUUUUGUGACAGAAGAACUUUUCUAUUUGAAAUAUUUUUAUUGAACAUUAAAGUAUUUUAAAAGAAAUGGAUCAAGUACACCAGCCACUUAUAAGAACACCAACGAGUGCUCCAAAUGCUGCUAUGGAGGGUUAUGCUUGAUGUGACCAACUGUUGAGAAAAAGGGCUUGAAGUUUAGGGUAGUUACUGUGCCUGUUUGUCCUUUGGAUAACCUGUAGUUGUACUGUCCCCUGUUGACAAAUGGGUGAAAAGUACUGUGGAAGACAAUGUUUCAAAGCCUUUUUUUUCAAAUGGUUUGCUUACAACUUGAUGCCUUUUAAAUUUUUUAUUGUAAAUGCUGCUAUGUCUCUGUAUCCAUUUUUAAUAAAAAUGCUGUCUAAGACAGCUGGUUUUAUGUAUAUCCCUAUUUUUCUUUCAAUUAUGGUCAGCUAAAUUUUUUUCAGAUUGUGACCACUAGUAGUGUGGGAGUUGGGGAUAUAUGUAGUAGCUAUGGCUUUAUUUAUUUACCACUACUGGCUUAUCAACUAAAACUUUCUUGUUGGGUACUAAGGUAAAAUUGUCAUGUUGGCUACUUGGAUUUUCCUUAGCCAGAUGCAGGUGGCUAGGGAGGGGAUAAUAAACAUGACAAGUCUCUAUGGAAUCCUUCCACAAGACACUUUAGUGAUUGCUGUAUUGGGAAAUGCUUGAAUCAGAUUGUCUGGAUUGUUGUGCUUAAUAGUAAGAAGUGAUCAGUAUGAAAACCCUGCUUUUUCUUAAAACAAUCAUUUCAACUUUGGGAUUUUGGCAUAGUCUUUGAAAACUUAUUGUCUGGAUUCUGAACUGGUGUGUGGAGUGGUGUGUGUCUGAGAACUCAUAGUAAGAUGUUUUCUGGAAAGUCACAGUUCAGGAGAAAAGGGAAAUGUAAGAAACUAUUACUUGGUGCUUUGCUCAUCAUGUUCAGUUUUAAGGGCUGUUCAACAGCUCUCAAGACUUGUUGAGACUACCAGGGUGCAUCAUGUCCUCCUAUAGAUAACACAUUUCAGGAAGAUUCUACUCUGAUGUUGGUUAAUUUUUCUAAAGAGUUGCUAGCAAGGCUGCUUCUUAUUUUAAGUUAUUCUCCAUUUCACUCUUACCAUCCAAGUGUUUUGAUAAAUGUUAAAGCUUUAAUGUAAUAAAAAUGCCUACAGUGACAAAGAGUAAACAAA